CUAGGCAGCCGCACGGAGAAAGAGAAGAAAGUGAGACAGCGGGGGGGAGGGAGAAGAGAGAUUUCCACCCCACGGUGCGUGUUAUUUUGUAUCCAAAGGAAGACCCGGCUCUUCGCUCUCCGCUCUCCUCGAGCAUGAAAGCAUUCAGUCCUGUUCGAUCUGUCAGGAAAAGCAGUCUCUCAGAACACAGCCUGGGGAUAUCCCGGAGCAAAACCCCGGUGGAUGACCCUCUGAGUUUGCUGUACAACAUGAACGACUGUUACUCUAAACUGAAAGAGCUGGUACCCAGCAUCCCUCAGAACAAGAAAGUGAGCAAGAUGGAAAUCCUGCAGCAUGUUAUCGACUACAUCCUGGACCUGCAAAUCGCUCUAGACACGCAUCCCAGCAUUGUCAGCCUCCAUCACCAGAGACCAGGACAAAACCAUUCCUCAAGAACCCCCUUGACCACCUUAAAUACAGAUAUCAGUAUCUUGUCACUACAGGCAGCUGAAUUCCCCUCAGAGUUAAUGUCAAAUGACAGCAAAGCACUCUGUGGCUAAAUGAACUGGUGUUUGCUGACUUUUUUUUUUUUUUUUGCACAAGAAGACAGCCUCUUUUUUCUUUUGGCAAGCUGCUGAAUCCAAUUUUCAGCUGAAUUUGGAGAGGAAAUCCAUAUCCAGUUAAAUGGACAUUUUAAACAAAAUUGUGGACACCAUCUCCUCUCCCAUCUACAACAUGGACUAAUCUUAAUUAUUUAUGAAGAGACUUUUAAAAUGCCCUUUCCCUAGUUGGAAGGCUUCAUUUAUAUACUAUUCCCACAACGGGGAGUGAAAUAAAAUGUAAAAAACUCAUGAGGAAUUGCCCGUUUUAAAACAGACUUUGCCUUUUUUUCUCCAAAGGUGGAGCGUGAGUACUAGAAGGAUUAAGUGUUCAGUUUUUCGGUGAAGUCUUUGUCAAAAAUUAUCCUCUUUUGACACAAUCGCAGGACUGAAUGCUGUGUAUAUAUUUAUAUAUAAAUAUGGGAAUUAAACUUUGAACUCUUUAAUUAGAGUUUUCUUGUAUAGUAGCAGAAAUGUGUAUUUCUGCAAAAAGUAUAAUGAUGUACAUAAUCAUGCUAAACUUUUUAUAAAAGUUUAGUUGUAAACGUAACCUUUUUAUACAAAAUCAAAAUAAAUAAUGUGUGU